AGAAUAUAAGUUAACAAGGAGAAGAUCAACAUGGCUGAUGAUAAUUGGGAGCUGUACCCAGAAACGUCCACACAUCAGAGAGCAUGAAGAUGCCCUAUUUCCCAGCGAGGUCUGUGCUUUUCCACAAGGAGCCAAACGGGGUGACGUACAGAGUCCCGGCGCUGCUCUACCUGUCCCACUCCAGGUCAUUCCUGGCCUUUUGUGAGGAGAGACUCAGCCCGUCAGACGCCCAGGCUCAUCUGCUCGUCAUGAGGAAAGGCACUUUCUACAGAAAUUAUGUGGAGUGGGAGGACAUGCGUGUCCUUGGCUCUGCUUACCUGUCAGGCCACCGGUCCAUGAACCCCUGCCCGGUGUAUGAUGAGUUCACAGGUACCCUCUACCUGUUCUUUAUCGCUGUCCUGGGCCACACCUCGGAGUCAUAUCAGCUGGUGACGGGCAAGAACGUGACCCGGCUCUGCUACAUCUCCAGCAAUGAUGACGGAGACACCUGGACAGCCGUCACUGACCUGACCAAGAGAGUCAUAGGAGACACUAUCAAAGAAUGGGCGACCUUCGCUCUCGGCCCAGGCCACGGUAUCCAGCUGAAGUCAGGCCGCCUGCUCAUUCCUGCCUACGCUUACCACAUCGAGUGCAAGGAGUGUUUUGGACAACUCUGCCAGACCACUCCUCACGCCUUCUGCUUCCACAGCGACACUCAUGGGAGAACCUGGCGAUUUGGCGAGGGGGUGCCGGGCCCGGAGAGCGUGGAGUGUCAGAUGGUGUCAGUGGACGAGGAGGAUGGGACUAACGUGUUGUACUGUAACGCUCGCAGCCCUCUCGGCUACAGGGUGCAGUCCCUCAGUCUGGAUGAUGGGGCUGUGUUUCAGGAGGGGCAGCUGGUGCAGCGGCUGGUGGAGCCUCGAAAUGGUUGUCAUGGUAGCAUUGUUGGGUUUCCUGCCCCGUUACAUGUGUGCCAGAGUCUUAACCAACAAUCACUCCAAUAUACAAACCGCUCCAGACACUGGACAUCCUACAUGACCCACUCCAAUCAAACCAUCUCCUCCACUCCUGACAUCACCUCUGUCUCCACUAGCCCUUUGUCACCUCAUCACGUCACUCCCCCAGAUUUCCUCACCCCCACCUGGGUAGUAUACUCCCACCCAACAUGGACCACUGCACGCAAGGAUCUGGGUGUGUUCCUCAGCCUGUUUCCCCGUGACCCAGACAGCUGGCGGGGCCCCUGGGUGAUCUACGAUGGCCCCAGCGCCUACUCUGAUCUGGCUUAUCUGGAGCUGCCCCCCUCACCUGGAGCACCGCCCGCUGUGGCCUUCGCCUGCCUGUUUGAGUGUGGAGCCAAAACGGCCUAUGACGAAAUCUGCUUUAGCAUCUUCACCCUGUACGAGCUUAUUGAUAACCUACCAAGAGAGGGGCAGCAGCAGGAUGACAGUGACGGAGGUAAGAAACAGGAGAAUCAGGAGUUUGAGACAGGUCAGAGUAGCGAUGCCCAACCUGAAACAGUUUUCCAGCCUGUGCCUCAUGUGAAGAAGAGAAGAAAGAAGUUGACUGAGAUGUGCUCCCUGUCUUAA